ACAAACUUUUAUAAAUGCAUAUAAUUUCGACGAUGUUGUUGUUGACGUUCCUUCGUUUCGCAGCUCUAACAGUCCCAUAACUCAAUGGACACAAUCGUCUCGAAAUCGACGAUAUUACUAUCCAAACCACCCAUUUUCCCCGCCCGUACAUCUUCCCAAACAUCUUAUUCUUCAUCUCUCGCUUCCUUCACUUGGCCUUCCAAGAGCCUCAGUAGCUCCCGAAGCCACAGAACCCAAUUGGGUUGUCGUUUUUCUUCUCGAAUUCGCAAGCUUUCAGUGACUUGCGGAAGUGGGAUUCGGGAGAUUGACGAGACCCAGUUCUCGGAUUCGGUUCUAAAGUCCGAUGGCCCGGUUUUGGUGGAGUUCGUCGCCAAUUGGUGCGGUCCUUGCCGGUUGAUCUCCCCGGCUAUUGAAUGGGUUGCUCAGGAAUACAAAGACAGAUUAACGGUUGUAAAGAUCGAUCAUGAUGCAAACCCAAAAUUAAUUGAAGAAUACAAAGUUUACGGCUUGCCGACUUUGAUUCUAUUCAAGAAUGGGAAGGAAAUCCCGGAAAGUAGAUGGGAAGGGGCCAUUACAAAGGUGAAGCUCAAAGGGUAUCUUGAUGCUUUGUUAGAGUCAAUUUCAGUCGUAUAACAGGUUUCCUUGCUUAAAAGACAUGCUUGUUCUUUCAGAUUUAACAAUGUGAGAUGUAUUCCUUCCUCUUGUUCCUGUUGUUUCAUCUAUUAUUGUACAAUAUUUUGUAUAUCCUUUGUAUUUUCUAACUUGGAACUGUAGAUUUGCGGAAAUCUUUUAUGGCACAAGAUUGGAGCUAUUUCAAUGUAUUAUUCUUC